UGUACAGUACAGUCAUGGAACGGAAUUCUUUCACAAGGUCUGACGUCAACUAGGAGGAUCGAGCUCCGAGCUUGAUGUGAAUUAGAACCCGAUAGCAGAAUCUAAGAUGUCGGAGGACGGCGGACGUCUUGAGAGGAACGUAUAAAAGAGGGGAAGUCAGGGCAGCCAUCGGGAGCAUCCAUCGCCGGCCGCUCGCACGCCGUCUCGAACGAACGAAUUGCGCCUGAGCUCUCGCAGAAAACGACUACGUACAUAUACAAAUCCUCACAUCAACGCUGAAACAUGUCUAGCUGGAACUAUAAAGGUCCUCGCUACGACCAGCCCACGCAUACCACGUUCCAGAGGUAUCCCCCAGCCGGUCCAUAUCAUCAAUCCACCCUCGGCUACAAUGUGCACCACAACUACUACGAUGAGAACUACACGGCCCCUCGCGGCUUCUGCGGGAUGCCGUUCGCUUUCUGGUUAUGGCUAGCGGGGAUAGUGUUCCCCUUCUUCUGGAUCAUCGGCCUGUGUUGCUUGAACAGCAGGAAUCCGUACGAGAGAGUGUGGGCGAAAAAUAUCCUCUUCUCUUUGAUCAUCUACAUGAUCAUUGGCCUCGUUCUUGGGCUGACCGGCGGACUUGGGUGGGGUAGGAGGAGGUACUAUUAGAGCACUUCGAAUUCGGUAGUACGAUGCCCGUACCUUCGUCUACCGCCGUUUUGGCGAAUUGGUAGUUGACCGGAAACCCCAUAAUAGCAUAGUGCCCGGUGCAGUAUACAGUAGUCUUGGCGCAAAAUACAAAACCUUAUGUGACCUGUC